AUGGGAAUCGAGAUAGUCACCAUCGUGAACUCCUCUGGAAAGAUCAUCAGCAAUGGAGGAAAGCUGAUGAACGUCCUCAAGGAGGCCAAGGCCUCCUACGACGAGAAGAAGGCUGCCAUAAAGGCCGAGCAGGCCGUCAAGCGCAGCCAGACCUUUGACGUCCGUACGGUGCCCCAGUAUCAGGACGAGGCUUUUGACCAGGACUACGAGUACGAGUAUGGCCAUGGCCAGGUCAGGCAUGCCCGCUACCACGAUGAUGCCGCCUCGUACGCUUCGUCUCACCGCAGCCACGGAUCCCGGCGCUCAAAGGCCACACGUCAGCGUUCUCAUUCCCAGGCCCGGACGGCGCUUACUAUGGAUAACCUCAAGACGCACUCGGAAGUCUCGUCUGUCACACCAUCGCGCGCGCCUGUUGCUUAUCGCUCUCCAUAUGCUGAGACCUCUCGGGAGAUGACCCUGAGCAGGCCCUCAUUAGCACAGUCGCGUUCAUAUGCCCCUUCUGUCCGCAGGGAUCCUGGGCUGGCCGCAGACUACUACGAUGAGGACCAACAAUUUCUACCACAGCGCGCACCGAUGCAGCGGUCUCAAUCUGACCCGUACAUGGGAGACGAGAGGAUACCUGGGAAGCCGAAGAAGGAGAUUGACAUGGACCUAGCAUACGGCAAUAUCCCACCAGAUCUCGCUGAUAGGGUCGACCUGGAUCCGGCGUACCAGGCUGCGGCCAAAGAGCACAAGGCCCAAGCUCUUGUCCGCAAGGUGGAGGCGAUGCUUGUGGAAGCCAACUGCCUUCAUCAUACUGCUCAACACACAAUCAAGCACCUGCAGGAGAACCCCGAGGCUGCCGCCGCUGUCGCCCUGACUCUUGCGGAGUUGUCUGCUAUCGUCGGCAAGAUGUCGCCCGCCUUUCUUGGAGCCCUCAAAGGCGGUAGUCCGGCCAUCUUUGCCCUGUUAGCAAGCCCGCAGUUCAUGAUUGCAGCAGGUGUGGCGGUCGGCAUGACUGUCGUCAUGUUUGGGGGUUGGAAGAUCGUCAAGAAGGUCAAGGAGCAGCAACAGGCUGCUCUCCCGGCAACGCCAAUGGCAUUUGAAGGACAGCACCUGCCUGUGCGACCCCCCUAUCCUAUCACCGAGCAGCAAUACGACGAGGCGUUAGUUAUUGAGGAGGAGCUAAGCACAAUUGAGUCCUGGAGGCGCGGAAUUGCUCCGUUUGGCGAGGACGAAAGCGCCGACCUGGAACUUAUCAGCCCCGAGGCUGAUCGCGCAAUCCGGAGUCAGUACGGUGGUGAUGAUGCGCGCAGCGAAAGAAGCUUCCGCACCUUCCGGUCGUCCAGGACGGCCAAGACGUCCAAAACCGAGAAGACCGAGAAGACGUCGAAGUCGACGAAGACCGCCAAGACAUCUUCAAGUCGCAAGGAUGCCGACGUUGAGGUGCCCGAGCGCAAGAGCAGCAAGCUCUCCAGGGAAGUCGAUGCGGCUAGCGAGGCUGGCAGUCAUCGCAGCCAUCGCAGCUCCCGCAGUGAGAAGUCAGAUCGUACGACAAAGACCAGUCGCUCCAAGCGCACGCUUGCUAUUGAAGACGGAAGCAAAGACAAGGAGAACAACAUCGAGGCGGUGCUCCGCCCUAAGAAGGACAGCAUGCUCAAGAAUAUGUUUAAGAAAAAGACGGACGCAAGCCGCGAGAAAGGUCACAGCGUUUCCAGCAUCAAGAUCAACUAG